UAUACCAACCUUCCUUUUGUGUCAACGAACCGUUCAGCUCGGCCUCCACUCUCCCCAGACGCUUUGCAAUUGAUUCAUUAUUAUAAACAAAAUCACUGAAAUUCCGUCCAAAAAUUGCAAUUCUUUUAUUCUUUCAAUUAUUCCCUUUUCUAUCUUCCCUUUUCUUUCGAGUAGAAAAUCACCAAUUCGCAAGUUCGACAAAUUGGGUCCGAUGGUAGACACGGCCUCCAACGGCAGCGGCGGCCGUGUCAAACCCGAAGAUGUCAUUUCGACCCUCAAAGACGACGGCGAUUUUGAUCGCCUUCGCCGAAAAAUCAUCCGUAAACUCAAGGACAAUGAAGAAUUGCGAAGCAAUAUUAUAUCGAUGGUUAAACAAUCAGCAUCACUAAGUCGUCCAGGAGCGGAGUCUAUGAAACCACAUCAGCUUUCUGAUGCAAUACACCAAGAAAUUGGGGACAAGCUGAUGAACCAAGUAUCUGAUAGUUUGUGGAAUAUAAUUAAAUCUGCUGAUGGCAUGCAGUCUGAAAUAAAAGAAACUGUACAGUCGGUAUAUGAUAAACUAUCAAAUCCUGGAGGCAAGGACAAUGGCGAGUCCUCUUCAAGAAAGGAUUCAUCACCAGUCAAUAAGCUAGAAUCUCGUGAUGCUACAGGCGCUUUUGCGGCUAGUGAUACACUUUCAGAUGAAGACUUAAAUGAACCAAUAGGAUUUGCUCUUAAGAGGAGCAAGAAGAAUCAAAUGAACAAUGUUGAUAGGCCAAGUGAUACACUUUCAGAUGAAGGCUUAAAUGAACCAAUAGGAUUUGCUCUUAGGCGGAACAAGAAGAAGAACCAAAUGAACAAUGUUGAUAGGCCAAAUCGUCAUAAGCGAAAAGCAAUUAAAGCAAAAGUGGGGGAAAGCUGGCAGUUGGAUGAUUUAGAAGAGCCUGACAAUCUGGAUUACGAUGCUCCACCUGGAUUUUCUUCUGUGCUCAAGCAUAAGCAUUCAGGAGAUGCUAGCGAUGAAGAUCCUGAUGUGCCUCCUGGAUUUGGAUGAGUAACCAUGCAGCUCUAUGUUUCAGCACUAUUUUAUGACACUUUUUGACAUGGGAAAGAUUCAAUUCUGUGAGGGGAUCUAAUCUUGAAUCCAAAAGCAAGUUAUUUUGAUUGGGUGCAUGAAGCAUCCAGUUAGAGGCCAGGGUAAGUACUAAUUUUGCAUAUAUUUUAACAAUGCCGACUAGGUUAUGAAACUUAGGCUUUACCUAGAAACCAAACCCAAGGAUUGGCUAAUCUUCCUUCAUUUCUUAGUUUUAUAUCAGCUGGACUAAGAUCUUUCGAGCUGAUCUCAUGGCUUGGACAAAUCUUGUUUGAGGAAAUUUCUUGAUCAUGACUGAUUGAUAGGUGUACUUGUACGUAUAAAAGCACUUGGGAACUGUUUACAAGCAAAGUCCCAUGAUGUUGUUAUAUGAUGGGAAGCACAUGUGAGUUGCAUGCUCUAAUUCGCUUGUAGGUAUAUCCCCUCAUUUGUUGACCGGAUUUCUGCUUGAAAGCCCAGCCCUCUUUGUAUGUGUUAAGUACUUCCUAAGAUGGAAGAAAGGAUUCAAGGGAAUUCUGCUUGUGUGGAAAAUUUGAAAAUUAUAAAUUAUAAAUAUUCUCAUUCAGUUGUCA